UUCAACUAGGUCCGCUCUGUAUGUAUAUAAGCCUUCGUCUCGGCGCUGUGCGCGUUAGUACUCCAGCUGCUGUGCAAUAGGAGAAGAAGCGAUGUCAGGCCGAGGAAAAGGCGGAAAGGGGCUCGGGAAAGGCGGCGCUAAGCGUCAUCGCAAAGUUCUGCGCGAUAACAUCCAGGGCAUUACCAAGCCAGCUAUUCGACGCCUUGCGCGCCGCGGUGGCGUGAAGCGUAUCUCUGGUCUGAUCUAUGAAGAGACACGCGGUGUGCUUAAAGUGUUCCUAGAGAACGUCAUUCGUGAUGCUGUAACCUACACCGAGCAUGCCAAGCGCAAGACGGUUACCGCUAUGGACGUUGUGUACGCUUUGAAGCGCCAAGGCCGUACUCUGUAUGGUUUUGGUGGCUAAAUUAUUUCUGGACUUAAAAAAAUAACCCAAAGGCUCUUUUAAGGGCCGCCCACAUAUUCUCUAAAUGAGCAAAUUCCUGUCUUUGAAUUUGUAGGAAUUCUUUCCUUAUGUCUUUGUUGGACGGUAGGCUUUGAUCCUAUCAACGGAGUUCUGUGCGAAAGUCCAUUGGAAUGUGUUUAUUUUUAUUUUUUUAAACUUUUGAAAUAAAAAUGAAUUACAUGACAGAUUAAUAGAAAUUUGAAUUUGUAGUUGAAUAAAAUGUGUUACUUCUGCAAUUAGGCUAUUUGGCCUAUAUGUAUUUGUCUAAGAAUUAGUAAUUUUUUAUAUAGAUAUAUAUAGAUAUAGAUAGAUAUAUGAAAACAGGAAAAUUUAUUGUUAAAUUGACACCUAUAGACUAUUUCAAAUUGAAACUUAUUUUUAUAUUGAUUAGCCUAACUAAGGAUUUAUUCAUUCGAUGACUGUUUUCCAUUGUUUAAUACUACUCUGUCUUGAUUGAGGGGUUUGCAUUGCCUAAACAGUUAGUUGUCAUGUUUGAUUAGUGAAUAAAGUUUGAUGCAUGAAUAAAGAACAUUACAACCUAUCUAGACCUAAGAUUCCAGAAAGCGUUUUGGGUCUAGUUUAGUUGUGAUGUUAUUCCAUGAGGCUUCUGAUUUAAAA